CCUCCUCCUCCUCCCAUGGCCGAACCUAAGUGCUCCCAACCCAAAUUUUUGCUCCGAUUUGGCUCCUUGGACACGGUGAAACCUAAGUGCUUCCUUCUUCAUUGUUUUGAAGGAGCUGAAAAAACAGUGAUGGGAAUGCCGGAAGUAUCGCAAGAUUUGUCAUCAGAGAUGGAGGUGGAUGCUUUCAGACGGCUCUUCCCCCUUCGCUUCUUUGAGCGUCAUUUUGUUGAAUCUGUCCGACCUGAUGCUCGGCCUCUCGGGAAGGCCAGAGAUACCGUUGUGAACCUCGGACUCGUUGCAUCAGCAGAUGGAUCGGCUCUUGCCAAGAUCGGUUCAACGACUAUGCUGGCUGCUAUCAGAAUGGAAGUCAUGACCCCUUAUAAGGACUCACCUGAAGAAGGAUGCAUAGCUGUCGAGUUCCACAUGCCUCCUAUCUGUUCUCCUAUUGUACGGCCUGGAAGGCCAGCUGAAGCAGCUCCAGUCAUUGCAAAGAGGUUGUCUGAUACAAUUUUAAGUUCAGGAAUGGUUGAUCUAAAGGAGCUUUGUCUAGUUAAGGGAAAAGCUGCUUGGAUGGCAUAUCUAGACAUAUACUGUCUAGAUGCUGAUGGUGCUCUUUUUGAUGCGGCACUGCUCUCUGCUGUUGCAGCCUUUUCCAAUCUGGAAAUUCCGGUGGUUGCUUUGAACAACGACGGUAAAAUAGUUACCGUUACUGAGGAGGAGGAAGAAGAAGAAGAUGCUGCAGCGAUGCCCGAGAAGGAAGUAGUGAACAAGGAAAAGAGGAAGCUCAAGCUCGCAAACAUACCCUUCUCUCUAACAUGCAUACUUCACAAGAAUUACAUCUUAGCGGAUCCCACCGCCGAGGAAGAAUCGAUCAUGGACACUCUUGUUACCGUUGUUUUGGACAUGUCAGACCAAAUCGUAUCGAUCUAUAAAGCGGGCGGAACGUUUCUUGCGUAUUCCUCUGCCAUCAAGGGAUGUGUUGAAUUAGCGAGGCAAAGAGCAAAGGAGCUAAAUCAGAUCUUGGGGGAAAUGGAUAUUGACUGAUUUUUGGUGGAAAUUUGAAUCAUUUUGUUACUCAGACAACACAAAAUUUUGGGAUAACAUGGAACAAAUGUGUUUGUGCUUGAAAUCAUUUUUGCACUUUAGACUAGUUGUGUCCGAUUUUGACUCGUGUUUAUUUUGGUGGAAAUUUCAGUUU